GAGAACAUCCUGAAGAAUCCUUUUUACUUGGCCUUGGAGAAGCAGAGACCUGACCUCUGCAGCCGCGUGGCAGACUUCCACGGCAUUACAAGACGGUUGAGUCUGAUGGCCAGCUGCUCAGCUUCUGCCAGAGGUGACUGGUGGAGUCUCUGCCUGCUUUCUAUUGGCUGAUACUGCGUAAGGGAAAAUGUAUAGUAUUCAUUGCACACCAAUUGAACUGUAAUCUUCAAUCCAGGAAACGCCAUCUAAAUAUAUCAGCCACAUCCACUCUUACAAAAGAUGAAUUGUGAGUAAUGUAGUUCUAAUCGACUGGUUUUGAUUGUAUUUGGUUAGCAACCCAUUCAUGAAGUUCUCAUAACUGUAAUCACACAAAAUACAAUUAUUCCAUUUCUGUUCAUUCAUAUUAUUUCGGGCAUCUUCAUCUUCAGUUGGAUAGCACUGCUGUUAGUCAUGGUAACUGAACUGCAUGUGGGGAGCUCGGUUUGAUAACAGAACCCUUUUUCCGUCUCGCCUCAUUGAAAACCUGCAGGUUCUGGUUCCGUGUUGUGGAAGUUUGAGUGUGAGCAACUACUCAGACUCUCACUUCGACAGCUACAUCCUGCAGCCUGUGGAGGAAGGAUACAAGACUGUGAAUGGAAAGGAUGUCAAAAUCCAGGACAGGCAGGUGGUGCUGGGCCUCGGCUCCCCAGCUCCGUCUGUGGUGCCCAUUCUGUUUGAGGAAACCUUCUACAACGAUCAGGAGCAGAGCUACAGCAUCCUGUGCAUCUCCAGACCGCUGGAGGUGGAGCUGAGCCCGGCUGAGGUCAGUCCACCGCCAGCAUACUGUCUGAGGAGCCUGGAGGAUGUCAGGGAUUUCCUAGGUCAUCACUCCCACAAACUGGACAGGUUCAUCCACAGCUUCUGUCAGGCUUUCAGAGAGCAGGAGAGGAAAGGCCUCCGAUACCACAUUGACUCUGUAAAUGGACUUUACACUAAAUCUCUUCAGUGCCUGCUGAGAGACUCUCGUCUGAAACUCCUGGCAAAACAGGAGCUUCAGAUGACUCUUCUCAAACAAGCUGUCGGGAUAUAUAUCCAUCAUGGUAUCCAUGAUUUAAUCUUUAACCUUGUGGGGACUCUUGAAGCUUGUCAGGAUGCUUCUUUUAACAAAAUCACCAGGAGCCUUCAGGACUUGCAGCAGAAGGACCUGGGAGUGAAACCAGAGUUCAGGUCGGCUAGCCGUAUGAACUUGUCUCGGGCAAAGAGAGAGCUGAGUCAGCUCAACCAGCAGACAUCCCCCCUCCUCAAAGUGUUGUGUCUGCGCAGAGUCGUUCUCACUGCCACUCAGACACCCAGACGUACAGUGAGUAUCGAAGCUGUGAGUGCAGAUGAUCUCCUCUCUGUUGUCCUUUACCUUUUGGUCAAGACUGAAAUCCCCAACUGGAUGGCCAACCUUAGCUACAUGAGGAACUUCUGCUUCAGUAACUCCAGCAAAGAUGAGCUGAGCUACUGCCUGAGCACGUUCGAGGCAGCAGUGGAGUACAUCAAUCUGGGGAAGCUGCAGAACACGUGCUCUGUCACGGGUGAGCUUAGAGACAAAGCUCUAUUCAAGGAAAGGAUGAGUCUGCUGACUCAGAACGUGGCUGCUCCUGUCCUCCGCCUGUUUGAGCACAUUGCUAAUGGAAAUGAAGCUGAAGUGGAACGUCUGCUGAGUGAAGGUGAAGCUGAUGAAGAUGUCGGGAUGUGUCAUCCUCUUUGUUCCUGUGACCUUUGUGACGGCCAUCUGUCAGGCCGCUUGAACGAUCUCUCCAUCAUCACACCGUUCUCCAGAGAUGACAGAGGACAUACUCCACUGCACGCCGCUGCAAUGUGCGGUCAGGCCCAGUUGAUCGACUUGCUGGUGCAUAAAGGAGCUCUAGUUAAUGCCACAGACUACCACGCCCUCACACCACUGCACCUGGCCUGCCAGCGAGGAUACCAGGGCGUCUCACUGCUGCUUUUGCAUUACAAGGCCAACACGGAAGCCCAGGACAACAACGGAAACACACCUCUGCACCUGGCCUGCAUGUAUGGACAUGAGGACUGUGUGAAGGCCUUGGUGUACUACGAUGUCCAAACGUGCCGUCUGGACCUGCAGAACGAUAAAGGUGACACUGCAUUGCAUAUAGCAGCUAGAUGGGGAUAUGAGGGAAUCAUCCAGGUUCUGCUGGAGAACGGAGCAAGCACACACAUCCUCAACAAGAAUAGAGAGACUCCACUGCAGUGUGCACUCAACUCUAAGAUCCUCAUGCUGUUGAAGUUGACACAGAACAACCAUCAGCACAGCAGAAAUGAUUCUGCAGGUUGCUCCCCUCUGGCCUCAGACUGCAGCAGCCGCCGCUCCUCUGUCUCCAGCACGUCUUCCAUGAGCUCUGAAGCCAAGCCUGAGGCUGAGCGUGUUCGACACCGAGAGGUGGAGAAGUUGCUGCGAGCCGUUGCUGAUGGUGAUGUGGAGAUGAUGCGCUACCUGUUGGAGUGGACAGAUCAAGAGGAGGAUGAAGGAGAGCUGCAGUCUGAGUCACACCUCUGUCAUCCACUCUGUCAGUGUCCAAACUGUGCUCCUGCUCAGAAGCUGCCUCUGCAGCUGGCUGGAGCGCUGGGCAUCAACAGCUGCAAUGCAGAUGGCUUCACGCCUCUCCAUGUGGCCGCCCUGCACGGCCACUCAUCCCUGGCAGCGCUGCUGAUCCGCCACGGGGCGAACGUCAACGUCCGCACCAUCCAGAGCGCCACCCCGCUUCACCUAGCCAGCCAAAACAGCCAUGUUCAGGUUGUGAGGUUUCUGCUGGAGUGCAAUGCCAAGCUGAACAAAAAGGAUCACUAUGGAAACACCCCUCUGAUCCAUGCGUGUCUCUCUGGUAACCUGGAAACCGUCAGCAUUCUGCUGCAGAGUAAUGCUUUGGUGAACGUAGCAAAUGUGCAAGGCAACACGGCUCUGCAUGAGGCGGUGCGGGGGGGGCACCAAGCUGUGGUGGAGCUGCUGCUGAGGUCUGGGGCCUCGCCCAGCCUCAGAAACAAGAGGCAGAGGACGCCGCUGGACUGCGCUUAUGAGUUUGGUGGCAAGAACACUGAAACUUUAAGAGCUCUGCAGAAGGCAUCAGGACUUUCACCAGAGGCUGAACCAAUCAAACUCCUAUCUGUGCCCAAAGGGGCUCUGGCUCAUUCAUUGGUGCAGCGCCUGAAGCUGCAGGAUAACUCCAACGGCCGGAGACACAAAUUGGCUCAGUCUGCCAGCAGGAUGCAGCACAUGAGAAAAGGUUCAUCUGGUUCUCCCCCCAGGAGUCCACCAUUUCUUAACCAGCAGGUGAACCCAGAGCGGAGGAGGCUGAGACGAGGGGAGACCCUCGAGGUCAACAGCCACUUAGGAAGCCUUGACUUCUCACCUUGUCUAAAGGAGCGGCCCCUUGUUCGUUGUCACACCCUGGACGGUGGGGUACUGCCCCCAGACCCAGCUCAGCCCCCAGCCCACUCUGAAACUGACUGACCACUUAUUAUAAGUCAGUGCUGUGACAGCAGCUGGUGGGGCGGUGCAGCCAGGCGAUGUGACAGCACAAUCAUUACCCCCUCCUCUAAAUUUUCAUCAUAAGCUCACUGCACAGCAGAACCCCGGCCGGUCUCUGCAGGGUGACCUCCAGGCAGGUUCCUGACACGACAAUUCUUCAGCACAAAUCUGCAUCACAGCAGGAGGAAAAGGGGAUUUCUCACACCACUCUACCAGUUUAAAGCACAAUGUGUUGGGUCACAGCGUGUGAUCUGGUUUUAUUUGCCCCAGCUUUUAGAUUUAGGUCACUUUCUUUGGCUGAUUGUUUCGUGGAUGCACUGUUGGGCCUUUUUACACAUAUGCAAUAUUUUACUAGAUUUCAGAGGUGGAUAUACGAAGAGGCUGGUUCUGCCCACAAAGCUCCGCCUUAUUCCUUCUGUUUCCAUUCUGAUUCGGUCUGAAUUUACUUAAUCAACAUAGGAAAGCUUCCCAAUUUGAAAAAAGGAACAUUUCAAGUCAAAUGGUGGAAUCCAUCCUACAAUUCUCUCCCACUUGACUUCCUGCAGCUUGAUGUAACGUUGUGUGUGGAAGUCUACUGGAAACACAAUAUCUCCAAUUUUUUUUACUAACUUACCUUUAAUAUCAUGAAACAUGAAAUAAUCCAGGAUGAAAUGCUGAUAGAUCAUUCUUACACCAUGUUACUAAAUUAAAUCCAGCUGUCAUAUUAGUCUCAGCUCUUCCCCUUCCUGUACUUUUCUCUUCUGAGUUUGGUGUUUUCAUAGAUUAUGGAGUUGAGUGGUUAGGAGAAUGAUCAAAGGUUUGCAUAUAAUUUAUUCAAUUGUUUAUUAAUAUCUGGGGAUUGUGCUAUUCCUGCUCUUACGUUUUAGUGGCUAAAACCUUUUAGCCACUUGACUCUUCUAAAGUAUAACAGAUAUUUCACUCCUGGUUAAUCUGAAAUAACCACAUUUUCUACAACUAGUCUGAGUCAGACGUGGGAAAUUAACUUAAAUUUUCAGUUAUAAAGGCAGGUAUAAAACAUUCCCCCAAUGUCACAAAUUGACAAAACAUCCAGCAGGAGGUGGCGCCGUGUUGCACCAGGAAGCCUGUAUGAAACUACCAGAACUAAAAAGUAAAGGAAUGAGAGAAGGGAUGCAAUUUUCUUCAAAUAUCCUGAUUAACACAUCCUACUCAGAUAACUAAAACUGUUGGAUUGUGUGUGUUUGAAUCAAGCUGCUACAUCUGAACCCUGUAACCAUGUCUGACCCAUAGAACCUCUAAUGGGAAAAAGGGAUGCAGCCCAUUUCCUCAUGUUGGCUUCACACUGUCUGAAUAGUUUCAGUUUAAAACCGAACACCAAACUUUAUUUCAAAACGGUGCUUAGUGUUUUAUUUGUCCUCAAGACCAGAUUUAAUUGACUACAAGAUGUUAACUAUAUUGUUCAUGAGCAUCAAUCGGUUUCAGUCUGCUCAGAUGCACUGAUGAGUCUUCAUUGCAGUUUGCAGCUUCUCCAUGACUUCCUGUGCUGACACGGCACGCUGUGAGGACGUUAGUCACAUGACUGCAGCUGUCUUCCAGUCCACAGCGUCAGAAGGACAGAGAGUUUUCUGUCAGCUGAUGAGAGCCGCUGCUCCAGCUCAGCAGCAACACAUUCAUAGGGAAAAGGAAGUACAUCCUCUCUUUUCCAGGGUUCACAUUUAGAAAUGUUGAAGUUUAAAUGUCCAAAACUGUACAAAAACCAUUCAUACUAAGUCACUACUUAUUUGACAAUUUGCAGAAAAGCUCAUUGAAAGUUCGCUUCCUAAACUCUAGAUAUGAUCAAAAUACACACGCCCCUGGAUUUCAAAGGGAGUUUACUUCCUUUUUACUGGAACUCAGUUAUGCAGUGUUUUAAUAAAUGUGUCAUCCUUGCAAAGCUCCUGAUGUGCAUCUCAGAGACCCGAGGCACCAAAACACGACACGGUAAAAUACAUAAAGGGGUUCUCAUGAUCAAUCAGAAAACAUGUUGAUAUCUGCUGCUGGAAACUCAGGCUUUAAUCUGGAGAUGGAGCUGAUGUCUGAUAGGAUGCUGCUGCAGGCAGCUCAUGCAAACAGAUGGAUCUGUUUGCAUGUCAACCAUGUUUAUCCUCAGCUGUGUUCCAGCAUGAUGACGGCCUCAGUACUGUAUGUGUUCCUGUUUUACUGCCUGAUGCUGAGCUCUGCAGUCAGCCUCACGCAGGAUGUCCAUUAUGUUUGUUCCUGUUCCUCCUGUGAGUUUUUCUCCAAACCUGUAGGGAAUCCUACAGAGCCAAACCUUUUUUCUGGUCUAAGCUCAGAGUGUGAAAGCCUGCUGGUCGUGUUUUAAUUAUUCUAAUGCACUGUUUUCAUUUCAGGUCUGAAAGUUAAAACUGCUAAAUGUGCCUUAUUUAUUUACACCCAAAAUAUUCAAUAAAAUACAUUUUGAUGAAA